AUGAAGGUCCAUGAUAAUAAUUUAGAUGACGUUUGGGGCUCUGACAACAGUGAAGACGAUAACCAACAUCAGUAUGACAUUUCUAAGUUGAAAACCAUUCAUAACGAUAGAGGCUAUUUGGAUGGUAUCACUAGUUCGAAAGAGACCAAUUUGCAAGAUGGGUUCAAUGCUGGGUUUCCAAAUGGGUCGAAUCUUGGAUAUAGAGUCGGUAAGAUAUUAGGAACUCUGCAGAGCUUGAGCUACAUAUUGAAUAAUCAAGAGACCUCAGGAAAGGAAAGUGGAUUCAGUCAAAGUGUACGACAGGAUCUUGUUGAUGCUCAGCAAGAAUUAAAAAUCAAUAAAGUCCUAAUAAAAUCUUUAUUUGAUAAUAACUUAGACUUGACUGAGAAUAGCCACGAUAUUUUAGAGAAGUGGGAAUCUAAAAUCAAAACCUACACAAAAUAUUACAAUAUAGAUUUCUAA